AUGGCACAAAUAUCUCAGCCAGCGAAUGGCGCUGCUACCGAUCCUACCGCGCCCGAAAAGCGAAAACGUACCAAGUAUGCAGCGAAGGCUUGUGUUGAAUGUAAACGACGAAAGGUCAAAUGUUGUGGUGAGCAGCCAUGUCAGCGGUGUCGCCGGCGUCUGAUGGACUGUGUUUUUGCGGUGGACGAUGCUACUGCGGAUAGUCGAAAUAUCGAAAAAUUGCUUGAGCAAAUUUCCAAGAUGCAGACGCAAAUUGACAGUCUGACCGGAACUGUGGAAUCGUUCAACUCGGCAGCACCGCCAUCUCCAAAGAGGCGAAGACUGUCGCGUGCCACAAUUUCCGGUCCUGCUAAUAACCUCAAGUCUGAAAGGUCACAAUCAUCUUCCACGACAGAGAAAAUCUCUUUUCAUGGUCUAACCACCUCUUCAUUCAAUUUCGGAAUCGCGCGACAAACGCUGCGGAGUAGAGGGAUCACGGAAGUUGGCGGCGGCGUAAGCGGUAGCGACGACGUGGACGACUACAGUCUAAGCCAUGGAGGCGUACUGGAAGAAAACGCCGUCUCAACACGAGAUGCCUCGCCCAUGCCCUCGCCAUCGAUCACACCGCAUCGCGACGACCAUCACCAUCAACGAUCAUCUUCCACCAUUGAUCCACUAUGGGGCAUCAACCGCGAAGAGGCCAUUCGGUUAUGUCAUGUCUACGAAGAGGAAAUGGGUAUCAUGUAUCCUGUAAUAAACAUCGAGACCGCUAUCAGUCAGGUCAAUGCUCUGUACAACCAUCUGAGUCCCUUGUCGUCAUCGAACGAGCUUGCGACAAAGGAAGAGCCGCUUUCAGAUGAUGAUAUCAAUAUACUGAAGCUGGUGUUUGCGUGCGCUUUGACUGCUGAAGCGAAUGGGAAUAGUGACUUGGCUAUGAGGAUCUUCCGGGGUGUGAGAGACGUUGCUUCAGAUGUGAUAUGGCAGCCGCCGAAUAUCAAGAGGCUGAUUUUUAUCACUCUUGUGUCAAUAUACCUUUUCCAGAUAGAUGAAGAGGCAACAGCAUGGCGGACUAUUGGAACAGCACAACGUUUAUGCUUGGAGAUGGGUCUUCAUCGGUCAGAAACGUAUCCCCAGCCUGCGAUUGUGUCACACGGAAAGGAAGGCGUCUUGAACCUGUUCUGGUCUGUGUACACAUUGGAUAUCAGGUUUAGUAUGGGCACCGGGAUGCCAUACCAUCUGGACUCUAGCGACAUAGAUCCGUCACUUCCACGGCCAUCCAACGUCCCAUACCUAAAUACAAUGAUCAGCUACAACCGCAUUGCUGAACGAGUCUGGCGCUUCAUCACAUCACCAAACCGCAACCAGCACUCCCGCAAGGAAGAAAUGGCCUAUCUAGACUGGCAAGUCACGCAAUGGUACAAUUCUGUCCCGGAGUUUCUGAAAAUAACCAAUCCUGCCAUCACUUCCACAAACAUGCUACACGAUCAACUAAACCAAGACGGACCUCGGAGUACUCGCCGGCUCAAAGCGCUGUUGUAUCUUCGCGCCAAUUUGAUGAAGAUUCUCAUCUACCGACCCAUCCUCUAUACACCCUCUCAAAUUGCACAAUCACCCGUCGAAGCCUCGGCCGUCGUCGAAAUUGCUAAAGACACAAUUUGUUUCAUCACGCACCUCAACAACUCCACAGACAUUUACCAGCUACAACAAAUCACAUUCAACUGGUUUCUGAUUUCUGCGCUGGCCGUACUGUUUUUGGCGGUGGCGCAUGCACCAGCUCAGUUUACGAGUGCGUGUAAGGAUGAGUUUUAUAUGGCGCUCGGUUUGAUUGAAGGGUUCUCGAUGCAUUCGUAUAUCUCGCAAAGAUUGUGGAAGUCGAUCAAAGGGUUGCGAAAGUUGGGCCCGAAGAUUGGGCUUGCUGCGAAGCCGGCAGAUCAGAAUCAGACUGUGGUGAGGCCGCGAAGGAGAUCGCAACAAGAAGCACCACCACCGCAACAGCUGCAGCAGAAACACCAAGAGCAGAAACAGCAAUCAAUAGUAAACUAUCCCGGCACAGCUGCAAUCAACACAAUGCCCCAAGAAGGUGGAGCAAGUAGCAUGCCGACCUACAUGCCAACCUCAACCGAGUCACGUUUCCAUCACCACCACCAACAACAACAACAAUCUCUACAAAUCCCACCCGCACCACCAACCGCAACAGCAUCAACAUCAACGCUUACAGACCUCCAACCCUCCCCCGACGAUUUCCUGCUCAUGGACGGCACACAAAUGAGCCGCGAACUGAUGGACUGGUUCGAAGCAAUGGGCGAGCCCCAAAAUAGCAUAUUCGAGACCCUCAACAACGGUCCUACAACCAACAACUUGAAUCUCUAUAAUAGUCACGGAAGCGCUGAAAAUGGGAUGAUGAUCAUGGAUCCGGCUGCUACUGCAGGUAUUAAUGGUGCAGGCUGGAAUGGGAUACUGACCGAUACGACAUCGUGGCCGGCGACGGAUGAUCUCAUGUUUGGAUAUGGAAGCGAUUUGGCGAAUAUCCUGAAGGAUUGUUUCUAG